AAGUCGGAAUACGCCGAGUACGUUGUACAACAGGCCAGCAUACGGAAUCGACCAUAACCGAUCGGAGUCUCUCUCUACUCAGAUCGCACCCUGUCCCAGGAUGGCCGACGAUGCCGCGAACGUCCGCGCCGUCCGCGGAGACGAGAGCAAUGAUGCGAUGACACCGAUACCGCCUCCCAGUCUCGAGGAUCUACCUGAAUUCCCGAUCCAGUGCAAGUCGGAGCCGGACUUACCAGACACGGCAGACGCCGGCUUGACCAAUGCGACUGACGAGAACGACUCAUUGGAGUUUGAUGACAUUACCCCAGCACUACACAUUCCGGUGUCCAUACCUAUGAUAAAGGAUCCAAUCGUCUUGUUGGAGAGAUGUGAUAAAAUUUGGGAAACAUUGCAAUUGAUAAGGAGUACAGUACACACUGACAAGCCAACAGACGCGCUGACUGAUGAUUGCGAUAAAAAUGAAGAUGAGAAGAACGAAGAGAACGAGGAAGAGAAAGCGGAAUGUUCGAGUGAGGUUAAACAAUCUGUAUCAUAUGUCAGGAAUCAACCUAGAUUAAGAAGUGAUAAUACAGUGCCACUACCUUUCAAGUUUUCUGUCCAAAGGACAAGAAAGUUAUAUCCUUGCAUUACCUGCGGUAAGCAGUACAUGGAAAGACGAUCCUUAAGAAAGCAUUCAGAAAGAGUACAUGGAGUUGUUAUUCCCUUACUUAUUCAACGUAGACGUUGGAAACGUGCUUUGAAUAAAAAGAAUUUUACUAGAGCUAGUCAAAUUCCUUCAAUCGACAAAGAAACUGACAAUUCUGAAAAGCUUUAUGAUAACAGAGAUUCAAGUGAAAAAAGUGCAAAGAUAAAACUUACCGGUAUUAAAACUAUUACUUCACCGCCUAUUGCAAAAUUUGUCAAAUGUACAUUAUGUCAGCUAAGAGUACUGUCUUUAAGAAAACAUUUAAUUAAUUAUCAUAAAAUUGGAGGUUCUUCAAGUAUGAUGGAACAGCUAGAAUCAUCAUUAUUAAAUGAGACCAAGACAUCUGGAGAGAACAAAACGGCAAAAACGAAUGAAGAUGGAUUUCUUAUAAUGGACAAUGAUAAUGAUACUCGUGGACCGCCCAGAGGCAGGAAGAGAAAAUAUACAUUGUCUUAUGGUAGGAAGAAACUUAAGCUAAAUAAUGAACGCUAUGCACAUAUUCAGAAUCCGCCCAGUAUCGUUCGUUCAUACAAAUGCGACAUUUGCUUGGGAAUGUAUUCAUCUCCCCAUAGUCUGUACAAACACAAACGCAUUCACAGACUACGUGGAGAAACUAAAGACAAUUUUCAUAAAUUCAAAUGUAGAUAUUUUAAUUCACCAUUCAACAAGAAAUGUAGAUUAUUGCAGUCUUCCGCAAAAUCAACUGAUAUUAUUGCAAAGAAUGCAAACGAAAUUAAUGAAAACGAUACAUUGCAGUUAAAUAAUUCUAAGCGCAAAAAAUUUUUAAAUAAAAACAUGUCAUUUUCCAAUCGAGCUACUCGAUAUAGUGAAAGAAUCAAUAAAAAUAACGAAACUAUUUGUUUAUGUGGAAGAUCAUUUCGAAAUCCUCAUACGUUGUUCAUUCAUAAAAAGAAUUGUGAAUUAUAUCAAAUUGAAGAUAAUACAACACAGAGCACUAGGGCCAGCAGUGAUAGAGAUUCUGGUAUUGGCAUUAAUAUAACAAUCAAAAAACGAAACGAUUCCUAUGAGAUAGUUGGCAAAGAUGAUGAAGACAAAUCCCAAAGAUCUGAAACUCAUCUUAAAGAAGACACUAUGUCUCACACAUCUAAUAACACCAAAGAUUUUACUAAGGCAUCUAAGCAGCAAAUAUUAGAUAUAUUUGAAUCAUCUAAAUACAGUAAAAAUCAUAGCAUUCUGAAAUUACAAGAUAUAGACGAGGAUGUGAUCAUCGAUAUUGAAGAUGAUGUACAAACCGCUUCUAAUGAAAAUGAUAGAACGAAGCAGAUGAUUACACAAAGAGAUGGCAAACGGCAAAAUGAUGAUACAACAGAUGGAAAAGUUCUCGGUAAAGUCGUUCCAUUGACUCAAAUGUGUCAAGACGUUCUCGAUGUUCUUCAGAUACGUAAAUCUGGGAACAUAGAAGAUAGGAAUAAAAAAUAUAAAAAACAAGAUAAAAUUAAAGAUCAAGAAACGUACAAGGAAAAUAACCAGAUUGGAAACCAAGAAAUACGUCAAGAAAACAAGCGGCAAUUACGAUCUGCAAAUAAACGACGUCUGUAUUCCAAAGUGGAGUUGGAUCGCUCUUAUGAUGGAACGAAAGUCUGUGCGAUGCCGUUUAAUUCAUUGAUGUGCGGAUUUUGUAAAGAACAGUUUAGCACGAUAAAGUCAUUUGAUAAUCACCAGUGUACUGUUAAAGAAGGUAAAUCAUAUAAUGAAUUUUCAUUACAUUUGCCAUGUUUCUGUUGUAAAGAGAUACUGAAUAAUUAUAACGAAUUUGAUGACCAUGUGAAAACCAAACAUUUUGAUUGUGCGUAUCAUUGUUAUAAAUGUGGCGAACGAUUCAUAACCGAAAAAGUACGAAAUAACCAUUUGCAUACGGAACACAACGAUUUGGUUUGUAAAUCUUGCAAUAGGAAGACUCCAGCUUCGACGAAGGCUUAUCACGAAGCUUAUCAUUUAGGCUAUGGUUUUCCCUGCCAUAAAUGUAAAAAGGCUUAUUCAAGUAAUAAGAAUCUCUCUUACCAUAAAUACACAAUACAUUUUAACGGUGCUGAUAACUUAGUGAGUUGUAAUAUAUGCUUGAAACUUGUGAAACUUAAAACUUAUCGUGGUCAUACGGCUGGACAUAAGCAUAAUGUGUGCUAUUUUUGUGGCAAGGUAUUUUCUGACAGAGUAGGUUUAGAAUACCACACUAUGAUGCAUCAUGGCACAAAUUCCAAGUUAAAAUGUAAUAUCUGUGGUACGCGCUUUUAUAAUAAGAAACAACUUGAGAGACACGAAAAGAUUGACGGAUGUACUAACAGCGUGCAGAGAACGAAAAAGGUAGCUGCAACGCAACGUGCUAAAAAUCGUUAAGACUAUCUUUAGCCUCAGAAAAAUAUUAUAUAUGGAUGAAAGAAAUUGAAGAAGUUGAUGUCAAGCAUAAUUAACUCUUGCAUGUCGAAUUAUUUUUAAUUUACUUUACGACAGAAAAUGCAUUUGUACGUUAAUAUAUUAUUUUCAAUAUGUAAUCAAAUUUCUUAUUUUAUUACAUACAUGUAAAUUAGCGAAGAUUCAUGUUUAUUGCGUUAUCAUUUAUUAUAUAUCUAAAACAUGGGUGACAAUUUUUGAAAGCGCCUGACAUUUCAUUGUUCGUUCUGUUAAUUAUACAAUAGAAUUGCUGAACAAUAGAUAUUUUACUGCACUUAGACUGUAGAAUAAGCUAAUAUCUUAUGAACUCUGCAAACUUUACGUAGGUAUUUUUAUUUCAAUGGAUAAAUUAGUAAUACAUUUUUACGUAAACCAUACGUCAAUUGUAAUUUCAUGUGACAUUAGGAUAACACAAAUUAAACACUAAAUUAUCAUUUACUUGUAAUUGUAACAUUUUAACUGUAUACACAGGGGUACGAGACCUCUUCUGUAAAUGAUGUAUUAUUAAAAAAAAAACGAUAUAAUAAUGAAUAGUAUUUGUAACAAUUGUAACAUUAUUAAUAUUAAAAUAACAUUUUUAUUAUAAAAUUAGAAACAGACAACGUAUUAAUUUGUAAAUGUAUUAACACACGUUUACGCCACAUUUGAUUGCAGAGAAAUAUUUCGAAAACGAAAACAUACUAUCUGUAUUACAUCAUUUAUUUUUGAAGUUGUUUAAAACGAAAGAUCGAAUAAACCAAAGGAAUAUAAUCUUUGUGCAUAUAAAAUAUCACACAUUUUUUUCUGUACGGGUUGAGUUGUACAUUGUACCAUUCAUGAUAUAAUGAUGUUCAUUAUUCAUUAAACAUUAUUAAUC